AACGCGCACGCGCAGACGCUCGCGGGGUACGCGCGAACGCUCACGAUCUUCUUAAAGUACGACCGGCAGAUCGUUCGAUGCGCGGACGGCGGGCAGGUCGGGCUGGACUGGCUCACGCGACGACGGACGGUGACCGCGGACGACAUCCCGCCCGCGCGCGACCUCCCGCCCACCGCGCCCGUGUUCAUCAUGCUCCACGGCAUCAACGGCGGGUCGCACGAGGGCCCGACGAAGUGGGCGAUCGCGGUCGCCGCGUCGCGCGGGUGGAGAUGCGUCGCGUUGAACUUGCGCGGGUGCAACGGCGUGAAGCUCGCGUCGCCCAAGGUGUACUGCGCCGCGUCGUCGGAGGACGUCCGAGCCGCGGUGGACGCGUCGCGGGCUCGGUUCCCGCGCGCGCCGGUGUUGCUCGCGGGGUACUCGCUGGGGACGUACGUCAUCGGGACGUACUUAGCGGAGGAGGACAGUAAGCCGAAGCCGCCCGGUCCCGACGGCGACGACGGCUGGCCGGGCGUCGCCGCCGCCGUGCUCGUGAGCUGCCCCAUGGACCCGCACAGCUCGCACCGCAGCCUGUCCGACCCGGAGCGCCCCGCGGGGAUGAUGUACAACGGCGCGAUCGCGUCCGAGCUGCGUCGGUAUUUCGCGCGGCAUCGGAAGAACGUCGCCGAGCAUCCCGACGUCGAAGACGACGCGUUCGAGCUCUCCUCCAUGCGGACCAUCCGCGCGUUCGAGGAAUCGCUCAUCGUGAAAACGCACGGGUUCAAAGACGUCGAGGAGUACUACGCGUACUUCUCCCCCGCGAGGAUCAUACCUAGCAUCCGGACGCCGACGUUGUAUCUCUCCGCGCGCGAUGAUCCGUUCACGGCGUCGGACAGCGUCGAGGUGGAACGCGUUAUUCGAGGCACCGCGCACGUCGCGUUGGCGCACGUCGCGAAGGGGGGACACGUGGCGUUCUUAGAGCGCGGCGUCGGUCUCUUCGGGCCGUGCUGGACGGACCGCGUCUUGGGGGAGUUCUUG